AAGUCGAAUAUUGCGCCUACUUCUAAUCAUCAUCCACCUCCUGUUUCUGAACCUCAAGCUGCUCCUGCCUUAAACACACAAUUGCCUCCUGCUUCAGAAACAUUAGAACCGCCAGUGGCAAAGCAAGAACUACAUGUUGAUUUAAAGGCAGAACAACCUCCGGCAUCAAAGCCGAAGCCACUUCCCAUUUCGAAAAAAAACCCACCGCCUCCUUCAAAGGUACAGGCGCCACCUGCUUCAGAAACAUUAGCGCCUCCAGUGGCAAAGCAAGAACCACGUGUUAAUUUGAAGGGACAACCACCUCCGGCAUCAAAACCGAAACCACUUCCCAUUUCGAAGCCGAAUCCAGUGCCUCCUUCAAAGCCACAACCACCUCCGGCAUCAAAACCGAAACCACUUCCCAUUUCGAAUCCGAAUCCAGUGCCUCCUUCAAAGCCACAACCACCUCCUGUUGCAGAACCGCAACCUGCUCCUGCCUUAAACACACAAUUGCCUCCUACUUCAGAAACAUUAGAACCGCCAGUGGCAAAGCA